AUGAUCAGAUCGUCACCCGAGGUUGCGGCGCUGGAGCCUGACCGCACGUCCUACUUGCUGCUCACCGUCUGCCCUUGUCUACUCGGCUCCGCCCUCCCUGUACGACUUUACCGCAUGGUUCACCGACCAACGGACUCUCGGCUUCUAACAAAUCUCCUCUCACACGAGAAAGACUAUUCAAAGCAGCUCGCUCACCUCCUCGAGCAUUCCCAAGUGUCCUUAGGAGCAUUUUCCGCGUUCGCGGCAGCAUCGGCGCCUCCACUCUCACAGGUCAUAAUCGCAGUGGGCGGUGUGCUUGCUAGCGCGGAUGAUGCACUGCGCAAGUAUGCCGCGUCGCUCGAAGAAUGGCAGAACCAACUGAAGGCCCUAAAAGAUUUGGAGGAUGAGGUGGGGAAUAUCAUGCGUGACCGAGAAAUUUUCGUAACUCGACUACUCAAGGCAUCUAAACAGCAGAAACCCACACGCGACUCCAUCCUCAGUCCUUCUGGCUCCACGUCAUCUCUUAGCUUUUCUAAAUCUGAAGUGACAGUUGGUCCGAAGCUGUCUGCUGCGCAGACAGAGCUACAAGCAUGCGAAGCACAUUUAGCGAUGAAGGAACAUGAACUGGACAAUAUGCGAAUUGCUGCAAUUCGGACUGGGCUUCAGGAACGUUGUAGGGCAAUGGUCGAGUGUGGGUGGACGUGGGGUGAGCUAGGCAAGAAUGGGCUCCGUGCACUUGACACCUCACAGCUCCUGAAUGGUCACGUUGUGGGGCGACUGAUAUUGAGCCUUGUCCCCACAGGUGCCCACUCAUAUCCGGCAUCCCCUCCUUUUAAGCCCCUGCCUGUUCCCAAUUCCGAUUCUGGACAUGCCUCAUCUGAUAUAUCUUCCUUAGCACCUUCGCAAUCGGCGUCUCAGAUUGCCACGAUAGAUCAAGGCUCCGCUCAUGUCGAUGUCAGCAAAUGGGUCUAUCAGCCACCAGACGUGUACUCUCCCCCACGCGUCCUCUCUCCGCUUUCGCUCCCGGAAAGUGUAACGCCAAAUGGAAACCUGUCAACAAGUUGGAGGAUAUCUGAGGUCGAGGAAGAAGAUGUAGAGGAGAGUAGCGACGACAAUGAGGAAGAUGUGGCUGCCAUGGAGGUGCAUGAGAACGAACGCUUUGCGCCCAAGAGCAAGGGCAGAGGUGAACGCAGGGCCGAUGCAAACCAAGAUCCGCAGAAAUCCUUCUCAAUACGUGCGUCGACAGGCACUGCUAGACACGUGCAGUUUCCCCCGCCGUCGCCAGUAACAGAUAGCUCCUCUACCCAAUCAAAGAAGAAGGAGCGGCACAGGAGCGGAUCCAUGACAUUUUUCGGUCGCAGUAUCGCGGCGUUAUUUCACAAGGAGAAAGGUGCCCAGCAGGUUAAUGAUUCGCCAGGUGGGGGCCCUUCAGGCACGCGGUGGCAGACACGAACGGACAAACACCUAACGAAGCACGGUGAUGAUAGCUCCGACGAUGAGGACGGACGCAUAGCUCGUGCCCGGCUCGCUGAACAAUAUUCAACCUGGUCAUAUGGACCUUACAAUGAUAUCCCACAGUCUCAAUCGGUGUCGUUCGUCGGAUCGCCAUCAGCUUCUACUGCAAGUGUGCCCCACAGGCUGAAAAAGCGGCCCGCAAAACGCAAUCUUGCUCGAGGCGGGUCUGGCGCACGCGGUGAGGAGGAUAAAGGAUGGGUGAGCGAUGGUGUGGCAACAUCUGGAGCUGUAGCGAGAACAGGUCGGCCUCCGUUGAUCAAACCAGAGGCUGGGUCCUCUAGCACAAUUAAGCCGGCUUUGAAUGGUGAUGCGGCAGCUGCCACUUCAGCCCAAGCAGUCUCACGGACUCCUGGAGGUGCUAAACUCUCAUCUCCGCGCGGUACUGCGUCUGAUGUGCAAGCGUCCCUAUCGCGUAACUCUUCGACAUCCAAACAAUCUAUCAUGAACACGCCCCCUCCGCGAGCACAUACGCGCAGUCCGGUAAAUCCACCGACUUCGCCUCAGUCCCAACAACAAACCACUCCCCGUAGACGUACUGCCUCCCUUCAUCUCUCUCCCUCUCCAUCAGACGCCACUCCGACUAGUUUUACGAAGGGUCAUAGGCGGGUUGGCUCCAUAUCAUCUACGCAUCGAUCAGCUUUGACAAGAGACAAUGAUGGCCCGAGUCUCAUGAGCAUUGUUGAAGGAGUUGCAAAGCAGAACAGGGAGGCAGGGGCCAAGCAAGACCCAAAUCGACUACUGAUGGUCCCUAAGGCUCCUCCGCCUGUAAGUGUGAGCAUCGAGCACGACGUAGAUCGUCCGCCCGCUGCAAGCGCAGCUCCUGGGCCGUCUGCGUCAGCCUCCGACAGGGCAGUAACAUCUUCAACGAGUCGCACACGGAUGUCGGCAUCGUCUUCUGCUCCGACGCUGCCAAUCUCGGCCGCUGGCAGACCUCAGGCAAAGAUGCCCCUGCGGUCGGCAUUGAGGAACAGCCGUACGCCGUCACCUAACCCACCACCACCGGUAGUCGGAUUAUCAGUAGCGACGUCCCCUGCGGGUCCAAACGUGGCGGUCAACGGUACGAAGUCCGACGACGACACUGCAUCCGUUUCGUCAUACGAGACCGUAAACGAAGAGUUCACGGAAGAGCUGGAACCUAUUCCCCCUCCUCCACCUCCCCCGAAUGACAAACCACGCCCUAUGGUCGGCAGCGACAUGUCGCAUUCUACAAGCUCUACGGCCCCGACUACCGCGCGGCGGAAGAGCGUACGGAUGUCGUUGCCACCUACGUUCUCCGCCACGCCGCCCGCGAUUGAUGAUGAUGAUGAUAGGGGGAGGCUGCAGCCGUGGGUGUCCCGGACUCCCCGAUCUGCGUCUUCGAGCCGUGCGGGCGAAUGGACAUCCAGGGUUCGGCCUCGAGAGGGCGAGGCGCGGGACGUUUGGCAGGAUUCUAGCGAUGACGACGAUGAAGACUACCGCAGGGCGAGGCGAUUGUUGUCACGAGUAGCGAAGGCGCUUUGA